AUGGAUGAACGUCAAAGUUUCGGACAGAGGCAUCCUGUGCUCGCGGCGGUGCUGCUCGGAUCCGUUGUGCUCGCUGCGACCCUCAUGACCGUCCUCGCCAUCACGCUCGAGUCCACCCCGCCCGAGUUCUCCGCGACCGUCUCCAGCUUCGAUGGCCUCGACCGGCGCGCCGGCGCGCCGCCCACCUUCCACGUCAACCUGCGCGUCAAGAACGGCAACGUGUGGCGGCACUGCUUCGAGCCGGCGGCCGCGGUGGUGGAGUACGACGGCGUGCCCCUCGCCAGCGCCGAUCUCGGCAAGCUCUGCGUCCCGGCACGGAACGUCCUGAACGUGCCCUUCGUGGCCAGCGGCGAGGGGCUGGGGAUGCCCGACCAGCUCUACGAGCGCCUCGACGGCCUCCGCCGGCGGCAGGAGCGCGUGCCGUUGGCGGUGCGGCUGACGCUGGAGGAGAAGGAUACCGUAAAGCAGGUACGGCCCUGGCUGCUGCGGUGCACGGCGAUGCUGGAUGGCCGGCCGGACCUGCCGUCUCGUUGUCUGCUCUUCUUCCUCGUGGAGCCGGGUAAUAGUUACUACAAGUAG